AUCAACGGAACCGCCAACUGACCAACUAAAACGUGGAUGCGGCUUACCUCAGCCCACCCAGAGCCCCUCGAAACCCCACGCCCAGCGAAAAGGAAUUUUGCAACGACGUCAAAGGUGUCGAAGUCCUCUCCACUACAUAUAUUUGCGUCGAUAGGCAAGGCCUCGGAUACUCUCUCCCUCGACCCGAUCACCUUCGCCUCGCCCACCAUGAGUUCCCAACAGCAGGGACAGGGCGGUGAAGCCGAGAAGAACAUUGAGAUCUGGAAGGUUAAGAAGCUGAUCAAGCGUCUUGAAUCUGCCCGCGGAAAUGGUACCUCCAUGAUUUCGCUCAUUAUCCCCCCGAAGGAUCAGAUCUCUCGCGCCGCGAAGAUGUUGGCUGAAGAAUACGGUACUGCCUCCAACAUCAAGUCUCGUGUGAAUCGUCUGUCCGUUCUUUCGGCCAUUACCUCCACGCAGCAGCGUCUCAAGUUGUACAACAAGGUCCCUCCCAAUGGCCUGGUCGUCUACUGUGGUGAAAUUAUCACCGCGGAAGGCAAGGAGCGCAAGAUUAACAUUGAUUUUGAGCCCUUCAAGCCUAUCAACACUUCGCUCUACCUGUGUGACAACAAGUUCCACACCGAGGCCCUGAGCGAGCUGCUCGAGUCGGACCAGAAGUUCGGUUUCAUCAUCAUGGACGGUAACGGUGCGCUCUUCGGUACCCUGAGCGGUAACACUCGUGAGAUUCUGCAGCGUCUGUCCGUCGAUCUUCCCAAGAAGCACGGUCGUGGUGGUCAAUCCGCGCUGCGUUUCGCCCGUCUUCGUGAGGAAAAGCGUCACAACUACGUUCGUAAGAUCGCCGAGUUGGCUGUCCAGAACUACAUCACCAACGACAAGGUCAACGUCGCCGGUCUCGUUCUGGCUGGUUCCGCCGACUUCAAGAAUGACCUGAACCAGUCCGAUAUGUUCGACCAGCGUCUGCAGUCCAAGGUCAUCAAGGUGGUCGAUGUGUCCUACGGUGGUGAGAACGGUUUCAACCAGGCCAUCGAGUUGGCAGCCGAGACUCUGAGCAGCGUCAAGUUCAUCCAGGAGAAGAAGCUAAUUGGUAAGUACUUCGAGGAGAUCUCCCAGGACACUGGCAAGAUUUGCUACGGUGUCGAGGAUACCCUCAAGGCUCUGGAGCUCGGUGCCGCCGAGACCCUGAUCGUCUUCGAGAAUCUGGACGUCACCCGCUGGGUUCUGAAGGAUUCCGCUGGUUCGGAGGUCAUCCUGAACACCACCAAGGCCCAGGAGAGUAACCGUGAGCUGUUCCAAGACAAGGAGACCGGCGCUGAGAUGGAAGUCAUCGAGUCGUCCUCCUUCCUGGAGUGGCUGGCGGAGGCCUACAAGGACUUUGGUGCGGAGCUGGAGUUCGUGUCGGACCGGUCCAGUGAGGGUAACCAGUUCGUCAAGGGUUUCGGUGGUAUCGGAGCCAUUCUCCGUUACAAGGUCAACUUUGAGCAGCUCGCGGAUUACAGCGAUGACGACGAGUUCUACGACGAUUGACGGUUCGGCCACCUCGCAGAGAGCGAGGAUGAACGGCCAGAAGCUCCCGAGGCGAGUCUUCUGACGGCUCGCCCCGUGGAUCAAGCAAGCGACUCCGAGACUGGAACCGAGGAAUCCGUAAAGGAUACCAUCAACCACCCCGUUCCAAGCCCCGUGAAGUUGCUCAGAGGGUCAUCCAAGCUCCGUGACAUGCUCACUGAGGUCCUCUCAGUGUCUGAGAUGAACAUGUGGUGUAAAUUGCAAUUUGAAAGGUUGGAUGCGAUUCUCUGCAACAUUUACUCGCCCUUUGCCACCUGUCUGUACCGCGCAUAAACGCGGACUGGGAGGGAAAGGGUCAAUUGCGCGAGUGAUUGUUUACUUGCUUCGGUCCAUUUGUCGCCGUCGUUCCGGAUCAACCUUAAGUCGAUCCGGGUCCUCGUUCUUUUUGUUUAUCGCAUUCGUUAUUUCUAAAAAAAAUUCAAUACAUUCGAUUGCUCUUAAACAC